AUGACCGAUGCGGGGCAGGACUCGCAGCGAAUCGAGACUCACAGUAAAAUGAUAGACGUGUACAACAAACUGAACUACAUUAAUCCCGUAAGUUAUAACUGUUUAUAGUUUCUGACGCAAAUCACCUUGCAGGCUAUGCUCAUCUUGAAGCGUUGGUUCGAGACGGAGUUCCCUCGAAUUCGUGGACUGCCUCGAUUCAUCUUCUUCUUUCUAAUCGGGUCCAAUCUCGUUGUGUAAGUUGGAAAUCGCUAAGAUGUUCAAAAUGUAUUUCUUUACAGCGUCUUCUCCGGUCUCAAGACCUACUGUGAAAUAUGUUCUGCUUUUUGGGUUGGCCUAGAAAUAAUUUCGCUCCAACUUUUGCUUGGUAAGAGUUUAUGUCAAACAUUGUCUCUAUAAAUGUUUUAUUUUUUGCAGGAUUUCUGAUCGUGUUCUACUCGAUGUGUUACUAUUGGUUCACCAUACAGUUGCUCUUCGCUUGA